GGGGCGGGUUCACGCCACGUGUCCUCCUCUCAGUGGCUUCUCCUUUCCGCGUUGGCGAGAGAGAAAGAAGGGUCUCGGCGUCUUGAUUCAUUUCUCUCAUCUCCGUAAAAGCUAGGGUUUUUUUCUCUCUGAGGCGAUUCUCUGUGCGACCUCCAUCUCCGGCGGUAUUCUCCAGCAAAUCCACUCUGGUUUCUCUUCUCCACCUCUUAGAUGGAAACUCCCCGAGAACCUCAUUUCUUCAAGCCUCUUCUUCCUGGUUUUCACAGUGGUGUGGCAAUACCACUUGACUUCUACUCAAAACACAUACAAGGGGCUGAGAUCAAUAAACCAUGGAAGCUAAGAUCGGACGCUUCGGAUCAAAUUUGGGAGGUGAUCCGAGAAGGCAGGACACUCACCAAAGGUUGGAAAGAGUUCACCGAAGCACAUGAUCUUCGAAUCGGUGACAUUGUCAUCUUCAAACACGAAGGAGACAUGGUCUUUCAUGUGACUCCUUUUGGUCCUAGCUGUUGUGAGAUUCUGUGGUCCGACGCGGAUGAUGCUCCUACUUUCUCAUACGACUACUGCUUCUUGGCUGAGGUUACUCCUACAAAUCAAAAGGACGACAAAAUGUUUCUUCCUGUGGAAGCUAUGAGGUGUGGUGCUUUGAACCAACAAUGCAAAGAGGUCAAACUUGUCAACAAGGAGGGAAAGUCAUGGACUGCACGCUUCGGAUUUAGCGAAUCAGACGGCGCAUAUUACAUCAGCAGAGGGUGGAGAAAGUUCUGUCGUGAUAACAGAUGCACCAACGGAGAUUUGUUUGUGUUCAACGUGGUUGGAGACGGGACGACAACUCCAUUACUGUGUGUAUGUCCGGAAAGAAAGGAGUGUACUGAACUACUGAUCAAGCACUUCAGCAGAAUCGAUGGUAAGUCUUCUCAUUUGACUUGUUUGUGUUGUCUAUAUCUUCAAUGUUACUACUUUGCUUCUGCUUUAACUUGUGUUCUCUUCUUCUACAGGUAGCAUUGCUUCUACCUCACGAAAUUAGAUGGCUCUUUUGCGGUCUUUCCUCUCUAUCAUCUUAACUUGUUUCCUUUUGUUUCAUUAGCAACUUAUCAACUUAUGUAUUUCGGUUUGUAAAACUUGAAUGGUUUUUCUAUGUGAACUUUUAUCCUAAGUUAAACAUUCUCGAACUUAAUUCCUUUGUUGAAUGCGUAGACUGAUCAUCGAACAAAAUGUUUCUAUGAAUUGAAUUUAAGUUAAGAAACAACAUAAACUCCAAAACUCUAACAUAGCUUUUCUACAUCUGAAAACACAAACCAAAAUAUUAAAACAUAUCUCAAAACCAAAACUUAAACU